UAGACCCCAAGCCUCGCGCUUUCCUCGAGGAACAAUACUAUCAGGUCUUGCCUAUGGUUGGACCUCUCUCAUCCACCUCCUCUCUCUCCGUCCCCCCUCUCGCGCUUUCUCUCUCCCCUUUCACCAACCAUCAUCAUCAUCGUCGUCAUCAUCAUCAUCAUCACCGAGUCAGCAGCGAGACAACAGCGCUACCAGAAAGCAUCCGAUCAUUCAUAACCCUCGAACCAAUGGGCGACGAGCGGGCACGUUUCCAUUACUUUCCCCUGCUCCCUCCCGAGCUGCGGCUGAUGGUGUGGGAGCUCGUGCCGCGCCCGACGCGUGUCAUCGCCCAGGCGCCCUGUAUAGAAUGCCUCGACUCGAAGCACUGGAGCGGGCCGCCCGACCCCCCCAUGCCGGACCACGCCCACUCCCACCACCGCGACUGGCGCUACCGCUACAUUGUCGUGCUGCCCCGUGGCUCGGCCAUCUUCGCGCCACUGCACGCCUGCUCCGAAUCGCGCGCCGUCUGGAUCGGGCGCUACGCCCGCAUCCCUCGCUACAUCAACGUCUGGCGGGAGCUCGGCCGGCCCUAGCUGAGCCGGGAAGGCAUAUCCGACUACGUGAGAUCCUUCAACAUCCGCUGCCAUGUGCCCUUCGUCAGCUACGAGACGGACAUCUUCGCCACAUUCACCCCGUGGUCCGCCACCGACGGCCCCGACCAGACCCCGCGCCACCGCGAGAUCCUGACCAUGGCCGGCGACCCCUUCAUCGGCUUCAACAAGGCCCUCAUCCAGCACGUCGGCCUGCUCGUCUCCGACGCCACCGCCAACCCCAACAACGCCCCAGAGACCCUCGUAUUCUCCUCGCUGCAAACCAUGCCCUCGCUGCGCACCCUG